AUGCGAGGUUACGACUGGGACGACGAAGUUCAAGAUGAACUAGCCGACAAAAUCGGGACUUGGUUCGAGCAAUUGAAAAGUCUGCACGAGGUGACGAUUCCUCGGUGUCUGCGAAGUCCAGAGCCUGUUAAGUGGAAGCACAUUGUGACUUUUGUCUAUGCUUCUCAACAAGCUUAUGGUGCAGUAGUCUAUAUCCACUGCGGAUACGAUAACGAUAAUGUAACCAGUCGCCUGAUGGCAGCAAAGAGUAAAGUAGCGCCACUGAGCUCGAUGACAGUACCCAGACUGGAACUCAUGGGUGCGGUUUUGGGUUUGCGCUUAGCACAGUUGUUGCUGACAGCCUUAGAAGUACCAAUGCAAAGCGUGACGUUUUACUCUGACAGUACAGAUGUUCUAUGGUGGAUUCGAGGACGCGGCAAGGACUUCCGAUCGUUCGUAGCCAACCGAAUUGGUGAAAUACAGAUGUUUACUGAGCCGUCGCAGUGGCAGUAUGUCUCUACCAAAGAGAAUCCAGCCGAUUUAUGUACAAGAGGGGUCACGCCUUCAGAAUUAGCCAAAUGUUCCUUGUGGUGGAAUGGUCCUGACUGGCUGACAUAUGAUUUCAGUAAGUGGUCGAAGAUGAAAGUCCCGGACAGACCUAGUGAAAUGCCAGAGAUGAGAAACUCGAAAAGGAAAGAAGACAUGAAUGCCUAUGCAACCCUCAUGACGUAUAAUUUUCAGAAAGGAACCGCAGCGAAACAGAGAAACACGCUAAAAGAGUGGAGACUAGAUCCGAAACGGUUUUCCAGUUGGACACGUUUUGUUCGAGUACACGCGAGAGUGAGAAGAGUGCUACAAAACAUGUGCAACAGAGACAAUAGGAAUGAAAGUGUGGAACUGUUGACCGAAGAAUUAAAGGAUGCUGAAGGAGAAAUAGUGCGCUUGGCACAACGCAACGCUUUCUGUGACGAGUACAGAGCUUUGAGCUCAGGAAAGCCGAUACCAAAGAAAAGCCAGUUGAUAAAGCUUAACCCGUGUAUCGACGACGAUGGAGUUAACCACAGUGAUGGCCGAUUAAAGUUCGUAGGUUUUCUUCCAUAUGAUACCAGAUUUCCAAUCAUUGUACCUCGUGGACACUGGGUGACGAAACUUAUUGUGAAGCACUAUCAUGAGAGAGGAAAUCAUGCUGCUGGAGUAAACUUCACUCUGCCAGUUGAGUGA